AUGUCAGGUUUAAUACUCGGCGUUGGAAAGUACUUGAUCAAAAGAGCUGUUGCCGAUGAUGGUGAUGUACCAGAUGUAACCAUUCCUGAUGAUGGUGAAGGUGAUACUAACCCAGUAACCGAAGAAAUCUUCAGUUCUUGGGCUUUGUUCAUCUUGCUCUUAUUGUUGAUAUCAGCGUUAUGGAGUAGUUAUUAUCUACAACAAAAAAGAAUCCAGGCGGUCCAUGAAACCGUGUUGUCAAUUUUCUACGGUAUGAUUGUUGGUCUGAUCAUUAGAGUUUCGCCAGGUCAUUACAUCCAAGAUACAGUGACGUUCAAUUCAUCAUAUUUCUUUAAUGUUCUUCUUCCCCCUAUUAUUUUGAACUCUGGUUAUGAACUUCAUCAAGCAAAUUUCUUCAGAAACAUUGGCUCAAUCUUGACAUUUGCUAUACCCGGUACGUUCAUUUCAGCUGUUGUGUUAGGUGUGAUCUUAUAUGUAUGGACCGCUUUAGGUUUGGAAAGUGUGAAUAUUUCAUUCGUUGAUGCCUUAUCUGUUGGUGCAACUUUAUCCGCAACUGAUCCAGUUACAAUUUUGUCAAUUUUUAAUGCUUAUAAGGUGGAUCCAAAACUAUAUACAAUUAUCUUUGGUGAAUCUUUGUUGAAUGAUGCUAUCUCUAUUGUUAUGUUUGAAACUUGUCAACAAUUCCAUGGUCGUGAUGCUAAAUUCACUUCGUUUUUUGAAGGUAUUGGUUUAUUUUUGAUGACUUUCACCAUCUCAUUAUUGAUUGGUGUCAUUGUUGGUAUCUUGGUUGCGCUAAUUUUGAAACAUUCACAUAUUAGAAGAUAUCCACAAAUCGAAAGUUGUUUUGUCCUACUUAUCGCAUAUGAAUCUUACUUUUUUUCAAAUGGUUGUCACAUGUCUGGUAUUGUCUCUUUAUUAUUCUGCGGUAUUACAUUGAAACAUUACGCUUAUUAUAACAUGUCAAGAAGAACACAAAUCUCCACAAAAUACAUAUUCCAACUUUUGGCUAGAUUGUCAGAAAAUUUCAUAUUUGUUUACUUGGGUUUAGCAUUAUUCACUGAAGUUGAAUUGGUCUAUAAACCAAUGUUGAUCAUUGUCACCACGAUUUCCAUUUGUUUAGCACGAUGGGCUGCAGUCUUCCCAUUAUCUAGACUAAUCAACUGGGUUCAUAGAAUGCGUUCAAAUGGUCAGUCAUUACCAGAUGAAAUUCCAUAUCAGUAUCAAAUGAUGACCUUUUGGGCUGGUUUGAGAGGUGCAGUCGGUGUCGCAUUAGCUAUGGGUCUCCAAGGUGAGUUCAAGAGCACUUUACUGGCUACUGUCUUGGUUGUUGUUGUGCUAACGGUUAUUCUAUUUGGUGGUACUACUGCAGGUAUGUUGGAAGUGCUAAACAUCAAAACUGGUUGUGUUGAUGAAGAUGAAUCUGACGAUGAAUUCGACAUUGAGGCACCAAAGGCAAUCACAACCAACUCAGUAUUGGCAAAUAGAAGAUUUAAUAAAUCAACACCAGCUGUUCCAUAUUCAGACAUCAGAAACCGUUCAAGUCCGAACAUUAAUCCUCAAGAAGAUUUACUUAGAGAUGAUGACGCACCAACUGAUUUGGACGAAAUACCACCAUUGAUGCCAGCAUCUGUGAACCCUAUGGAACGUUCAUCAACUUCGAUAGUGGGUACUGUUCAAAGUAUACUACACACUGAUGAUAGAGCUAGAUGGUUCCAAAAUUUCGAUGAACAAGUUUUGAAACCUGUGUUGUUAGAUGUUGAUCCUUCAAAGAACAAUAGAAAUGGAUCUCCUCCAAACUGA